UCGUGAUAUAAGCCCAAUACAUAAGUAAUAGAAAGAGAUCUCCACUGUUGCAGUUCAUGUAAUCUCUCAUUACAAAAGUGUAUUUUUCAUCAAAUGACUCAUUUAAAAUUAUUAUAACCGCAGUUAUCUACAAUUGGGAAUCGUUUUUUGAAGCACCUUGAAAUAUCACAAUUACCUUCAAUUAAUUAUACAAAUUUGAAGCCAAUGAUUAAUAUAGAGUAUGUGUGAAAGAAUCAGUUAAUUUUUAAUUAUUUUAUCUCAUUAGUUAUUUACAUUGAAUCUGUGAAAUCCAAAAAAAAAAAAUACAGUUUACAAACAUUUUUCUCCCUGGCGCCACCUAAGUUUUAUUCCUUUAAUAAAGCUCUGUGACAGUCCAGUUUUGUGCGCAGUUGAUUUUUAAAGUAAUGUCGCAAUAAAAGUGUGUAACUGUGUAUUUAGAGGUGUUUAGGUCAGUUUCACAGAGAUAAUACAUACAACAAGUGAUACAAGUAUUACUUAAUAAUAAUAAAUUCACUAUAUUAGCGCAAAAUUAUCUUGAAAUUCCACAGUGCAAUGUAUUGUUACUGAUCCACUGCCAGAAUAAAAUACCUUUAAUGUUCUGAUGAAAUACGUCAUUUUGUUGACGAAAAUCAUAACAAAAACUUGCAUUGAUGUAAAUAUGAAUUUUAGCUAAAAUUUGACUCUUUAAAGUAAAAUAAAAUAAUUAAGUGUUCAUGGUUAUUUAUUGUUGCUGAUUCUAUCAAAUCAUUAAGGAUUUACUAGUAAAGACAAAGAAAAAUUAAUAUAAAAAUUAUCUUCCAACUUUUCAAAUAAAUAACUGAAAAUGAGCACCUUAGAGCAAUAUUCCCGUGAUUCAUCCCUUUGGAAAGGAUAUAAAUCAGAUCCAAACAGCCCUGCUAUUAUGCAAAGUCUCGAUAGUUUAACAACAAGUAAUAAAGAUAUGUACAGUUCACCUUUUGGGCCUCCAUCAAACUAUGGAAACUUAUCCAUUAAUGGAAUAUCUUCUUUAAAUGAAACUAUAAAGCAAAAUUCUACUAUUUCUACUGAAGUAUCUCAUAGUUUUUUAUUAAUUGAUGGUCAGGAAUAUUUAAAAGUUACUAAUGUUGAACAGUUUAUUGAAAAAUUGGGAUGUAAUGAUAAAAACUUGAAGGUCAAAGUUGUUUCCAUUUUCGGAAAUACUGGAGAUGGAAAAAGUCAUACAUUAAACCAGACUUUUUUCAAUGGACGAGAAGUAUUUAAAACUUCAAGUGAACAAAGCUCUUGUACUCUAGGAGUAUGGGCAUCUUUUGAUCCAAGACUUGGAAUCAUCUGUUUGGAUACUGAAGGAUUACUUGGAGUCACGAUUCAUGAAAAUGAACGAACUAGGUUACUUUUGAAGGUCUUGGCGGUUUCUGACAUUGUCAUUUAUCGCACCCGAUCUGAAAGACUUCACAAAGACUUAUUUACAUUCCUUGGUGCAGCUUCCCGAGCUUAUAGUCUGCAUUUUCAAAAUGCAUUGCAAGCGCUCAGCAGGAGAGAGGGUGCAUCAAGUACUUCUUGUACACUUGGUCCCAGUGUUAUUGUGUUCCACGAGACUCGACAUACUCGGCCAUUAAUAAACAACACAUCAGAAAGUGCUGAAGACAUUCUACGAAAUCGUUUUACCCAAAUGAGGCUAGAAAUUGAUGCAUUCAGCUCGAUAAAAUAUGUAGGAGUCCAAACUUCAAGCCCACCGACCAAUUACAUUCCUCUUCGUAUUGCCAUUCAAAAUGAAUUGGAUAAUACAACUGUUAGAUCCGCUAGAAAACCUCAUCACGUUUAUGAUACACUUAAAACUCUAAAUGACAAAUUUUCUGGUGAAAUAGAAAGCGAUUCUAAUGUUUUAUUUUCCGAUCAGUAUUUUACUUGUCCUGUCAAGUGUAGAAGUUGUGACAGUAGAUGUCGAAAUAGCAUGGGUCAUCUGCGGGAAGGUAUUCCUCAUCAUACUGAUUCCAGAUGCCGAUAUCAACAUCAGUAUGAAAAUCUCGUUUAUAUUUGCAAAAAAUGCCAUGCAAAUGGUAGUGAAACGAUUGUUUCAAGCCGAACAUUACCUCAAAAUGAUAACAGUUGGUACGGACUUGCUAAAUAUGCAUGGUCUGGAUAUGUCAUCGAGUGUCCAAGAUGUGGAGAAAUUUAUAGAAGUCGACAGUAUUGGUAUGGAAAUAAGAGUCCUGAAGAUGCUGCUGUUCGAACAGAGAUUACUCAUGUUUGGAAUAUUCCGAAUACCGGGCUAUCGAACCAAAACGCUGCACAGAAAAUCAUUGACGGAGUGUCCUAUAUAACAGAAGCUGUAGCAAAUGUAUCUAUCCAACCGACAAAGGCUAUAACUGCUUGGGUAGCUGAUCAAGUAGCGCCCACUUAUUGGCGUCCCAAUAAUGAAAUUAAGCAUUGUCAUCAAUGCAAGAAAUUAUUUGAUAUUAGUGAUACAAAACACCACUGCCGUGCCUGUGGAGAAGGCUUCUGUGCUAAAUGCUCUUCAAAUACUAAACCUGUACCUUCUAGAAAUUGGUUUACUCCGGUUAGAGUCUGUGAUGAUUGUUAUGAUAAAGAUCCUAAUUCUAAUGAAGUAAUGAUAAAUCCUUCUGAAGAUGUUAGCGUUCGAAAAGUUAGUGAGCAGGUUGUUUCAACGUUAAGUGCUGUUGGAACUGUUCUAACAUAUUCUAAAUCUUUAAUCAAGGAUUCUGUCAGACCAUCAUAUUGGGUACCUGAUUCAGAACUAAUUAAUUGUUGUGUUUGCAAAAAAAAAUUUUCAGAUACUUUGCCUUUUCAUCAUUGUAGAAAUUGCGGACGUGGAGUUUGUCAGGGAUGCUCAGAGCAUCGAAAACCGGUACCAAAACGAGGUUGGGAGAACUCCGUUCGUGUUUGUGAUUCCUGCGUGAAACUUGAUUAAAUAAAAUUAAUUAAUCUACAGUUCUAUUAUUAACUUAUUCAAAUUAAGGAAAAGAAUGUUUCUAAAAAGUAUAAGUCAAUUUUCAUCGUUUUUGUGAAAAUAAGAAUUUUAUAGAAAUAUCGUAAUUAGAAUAAUUGAUUGUAAAAAAAUUUUUUUUUUUUUGGAAACAGAGUUUCAUUAGCUCAAAACUAAAAUUAAUUGAAAAAAUGGGCAGUGCCAUAAUCAGGAUUUAUUUUUAUAUAAAAUCACCUAGGAACAAUAAAAAAACCCUUUUCGAAUGUUUCUAUUGGUUUUUUGUUAAAAAUAACUCAAUAUGCAGUAUAUAUAUAUUCUAUAUUCUAUAAUUAUUAAUAAUAAGGGAAUAAUAAAUUGACGUAAUAAUCUCCUUACUACAGUAAAGACUCUUUAUUCUUUUAUAAAUAAAUACGAUCAAGAAAACACUCGGCUGUGAAUUAACUAUCGAAUGCGCAUUUUCAAUAAAACUGAAUGUAAUUUCAUUAAAUAAACACAAACAUAGGCAUAAACAAAAUAAAAAUAAAUUCAAGUUACAUUCCGUUCUCUAUAUAUUUUAUUUGU